CCAAUGUGGGCCGCCCACCGCUGCUCGCCGCAUCUCGCGCUCCUGCUUGCCGUGCUGGCCGGCCUCGCCGCUCCUGCCGCGGGCGUCGUCGCCCUGAUCGCGCCGCCCUCCGCGCGAGCGCUCUCUGCUGCCGCGCCGCGCCGCCGCGCCGCCGCGCCGCUCCUCGUCCUCGGCGGUGGCGGGCAGCAGCAGGAGCAGCAGGAGCAGCAGCGCUCGCCCGACGAGGUGGCGGAAAAGUACGGCCUCGAGGCGGGCCUCUUCAGCGCGCUCCGCAGCGGAGGCAAGGGCGGCGGCGGCGGCGGCGAUGACGGCGAGGGCGGCGGCAUGGCCAAGGCGGGCGACCUGCUCAAGCGGUACGGCGGCGCAUACCUGCUCACGUCGACGUCGCUCGCGCUGGUCUCCUUCACGCUGUGCUACCUCGCCAUCGACAAUGGGGUGGACGUCGCGUCGCUGCUGCAAAAGGUCAACAUUGAGACCACCUCCACCUCCGAGACGGUGGGCACCGUCGGGCUGGCCUACGCGGUGCACAAGGCCGCGUCGCCAAUCCGCUUCCCGCCGACCGUCGCGCUCACGCCGAUCGUCGCGCGCAAAGUGUUUGGGCAGCAGGUGGAGGAGGAGGGCGAAGCCGAGUAGGGAGGGGGACGGCCGGCCUCUGGAGGCCAGAGACGGAGGCGCUUUGACCGCUGCGGGCGUCCGCUGCGGGCGUCCGCUGCAGGCGGGCGAUUCGUGCUCCGCUCGCGUAGCAUGUGUGCUGUGAUCAGGAGUGAGAGACAGUGGGGAGAUGAGGAGGAGACGCGCCGUUUGGGGGGGCGUUGGUGAGCUGGGGAGAGCGUUUAGCGCGGCUGGAGGAGCAACGAGCAUUAGCAGCGUGAGUCAGCUGCGUGGCGCAUAGAGUAGUGCGGCAUCUAGCAUCGCGCAGUUUCUGUACGUAUACUACUUGGGAAUGC